AUUCUGGGCAGACGAGGCUGUGCUGCCAAAACCAACUGACAAAGAGCAACACUCACCAACUGAUCCUGAACAAACCACAGGACUGAGAAUCUGCACUGAGUAAAAAAUCCCAGGAGCCAAAGUGACUCAUCCUCAGGUGCAGGACGCUCAGGGUGCAGAGGGGAGAUGCUGCUGAUACUGGUGACGCUCCUCGGCUGUGUCCUUGCAGCUGACGCUUGUCUGCAGUGUGACCGCAGGGUUCGACUCCUGCAUGAAGACUUAGCCCUGUCAGCUCCCACUGUGGCCGACCAGAUUGAAAUGACAAAGAUUUGUGACCACGCAUAUGUGACCUACAGGGAUACCAGCAGGGAGCGAAAAGGAGUCAUUGAUCACACUACUCUGUACAGAGCCAGCACUGAGUACCAGAGUGAAUUUGACGACUUUCUGAAAACCCAGCACUCUGGGUCUGUAACAUUUGAAGCCAUUCAGAUCAUGGAGAAGGGCAGGAGGAUCUUAGAGACACACUUGGACACCUUCAUCCGUGAUGGAUUGUGUCCCAACAUGUGUGGCCUCCUGAAUCGGAGAGUAAUGGAUUGCUUCUCUUGCCGCUACAAGAUAUACGUCUGUGUGUCUCCCUCUGGCCAGCAGGAGUGUGGUGAGCACCCAGUGCAGGCUGAGGAGGGAGGCCAGGCGGUGUUGGACUGUUUUCUCCCAUGGCAUCGUCUUCUGCUGGGAAAACCAGAGUAUCACUACUCCUGGGCUCCAGGAGAACCAGGAACUAAACAGCUGAACCAGACUGACUUCAAAGGGCUGGUAGUGACAGAUGAGUCAUCCGUGGUCUUAAAUCAGCUGCAUGUGGAGGAGCAAGGGACGUAUCGCUGCUCGCUGCAGGGACAAAACGGAACCAUCUUCUAUCAAGUCACUUUUCUGCUUACUGUCGUACCUCUGCCUGACGAGCCUCACCAAUCCCCUGCCACUCUGCCCACACUGCCUCCCGGGGACGAACACUCAAGUUUUCAGCCCACCGAGGACCUGCUGGUGGCACUCAUCGCCACGGUUACUGCUCUGAGUCUGGCAGCGAGCGUAGGCCUCAUAGUCAUCCUGGGAAUGCUGGUGAAGCAGCGGGGGAGCUGCAAAGGAGGAGGACGGAGGGGAAAAACCACACAAAGCACAGCGUGACGACAAUACUGUAUAUACACACUUCAGUUUGUACAUUUGUUUUGUGGGUUGAAUACAUUUCCAAAGUAGAAGUGUGAAGUCAUGUGUAUAAAGGAGGUGGAACUGAGAAUACAAGUCGGC